UCCCACUUUAUCGAAAUCUGCGACACAACUUACUGGUUUCUUGGCAUCGACGCAUUUAAUAUUUGCAACGAAGACACCAAGAGAUAAACAUACUAAUCCAACAAGAACACAACUUACCAAAGCAUUUAAGAAAGUGAAAAUCAAAGAUACAACACCAGAAAGUUAUGAAGUAGAAACUUUGAUAACGAAUCAUGGCAUUCAGGAUUACAAAGCAAGUAGUGACUCCUCAAGACCAACACAUCCAUACUUGGUCAAUGACGGAUGGGAAAACCACAAGUAGAACGCGCACCUUCCAAGACCCUAGUGCGACAACAUACUAUAAUACAAACAAGGAAUAUGGAAUCACAAGGAAUGACCAAGUGACCCAUAGUGGUGCAGCAAUUUCAACUGCCGUUGCUGGACGUCAUGGCCAUGUGGAUUCCUCAUCUUUUACUUUUUCUGCUGAUGGGACUCAGGAUCAAAGAACAGAAAGCCUAUCAAAGGGAAGUGGGUAUAAAGCACAAGCGCCAACUGGGUUCCAAUAUGUAACAACCGGCCAAACAUAUCAGACAGGAACUAAUGUUAAUGCAGCAAAACAAGAUCCAAACAACUACCAAGGAAGAAUGGCGACAACGUUUUACCAGAACGGUACCACGAUAGAGGGAAAUGAAAUAACAACAAAUCAGCAGAAUCGAUCAAAAGGUUACGUUAAAAGUCUGGGCACUCAAAGGUAUCAAGCUACAGAGAGACAGCCUGAACCAUUAUUCAGAGAAAUAAACACACCAAAUAGGCUUAUUAUGCAGACAUAUGACAGCGGGGAAGCAACAAGGAAAGAGGCCAUUAAAACGAACAAACUGGACCCAACUGGAUUUCUUCAACAGCAAGAACAACAAAGCAUCAACAGAGAAAACAUCAAACCCAAUAGAGUCGCUAUUCCAAAAUUCGAGUCCCAGACCGAAAUCAAGAAGGAAGUCAUCCAAAGCAAUAAAUUAGACACAACCAGGUUCAAUGUCACUGAAGAGGAACCAAAACCGCUCAUUAGAGGACCUGUCAAAAGAACAAAACUACAGACGGAGUUCAACAUAGCCUAUCAAGAACCGGACAAUCUACAGUUCGCUGCGGAACAAGCACCGAAACCUCAAAGGAUAAAAAUUCCAGAUUUCCAUACACAAGCCGAUACAAGGAAAGAGGUAAUAGCGAACCAGAGGAUAAACAUUCCAAAAUUUGAGUCCACGGUGGAAAUCAAGAAAGAGGUCAUCGAAACAGGGAAACUGGACACUACAAGAUUUCUUCAACAGGAAGAACAACAAGUAAUGAAGAGAGAAAUUUCGAAACCAAAAAAGCUAGAAAUCCCCAUGUUUGAGUCCCAGGCGGAAAUCAAGAAAGAGUUCAUCGAAACACGGAAACUAGACACUGGGAAAUUCCUUCAACAGCAAGAGCGACAAACCAUCAACAAAGAAACCGUGAAACCAAAUAGAAUUAACAUCCCAAUAUUUGGGUCCCAGGCAGACAUCAAGAAAGAAAUCAUUGAAACUAACAAAUUGGACCAAACUAUGUUCAAAGUCGCUGUAGAAGAACAGAAACCGGUCAUUAGAGGACCAAUCAAGAGAACAAAACUGCAGACCGAGUUUGUUAUGGCCUGUCAACAACCGGAGAAUCAAAUAACCACCGCCGUUGAACGGAAGCCGAAACCUCAGAAAAUAAAACUUCCAGAUUUCCAAUCACAUGCGGAGAUAAGAAAAGACGUGAUUGAAACAAAAAAACUGGACACAUGGAAAUUCCUUCAACAGGAAGAACCACGAACCAAUAGUAAAGAAACCAUAAAACCAAACAAACUUAACAUACCCAUAUUUGAGUCCCAAGCAGAAAUCAAAAAAGAGUUCAUCGAAACAGGGAAACUGGAUACAGGAAAAUUUCUUCAACAGGAACAACAACAAACAAUGAAGAGAGAAAUCGUACAACCAAAAAAGCUUGAAAUUCCCAUGUUCGAAUCCCAAGCAGAAAUCAAGAAAGAGGUUAUAGAAACAGGAAAACUGGACACGAACAAAUUUCUUCAAAGAGAAGAGCCACAAACAGUGAAGAGAGAAAUCGUAAAACCUAAGAAGCUCGAAAUUCCCAUGUUCGAAUCCCAAGCAAAAAUCAAGAAAGAGGUUAUAGAAACAGGAAAACUGGACACAAACAAAUUCCUUCAAAGAGAAGAGCCACAAACAAUGAAGAGAGAAAUCGUAGAACCUAAUAAGCUCGAAAUUCCAAUGUUCGAAUCCCAGGCAGAAAUCAAGAAAGAAGUCAUCCAAGCAGGGAAACUAGAGACAGGAAAAAGUUUUCAACAGGAAAAACAGCAACCAAUCAAGGGAGAAAUCGUGCAACCAAAAAAGCUUGCAAUUCCCAAGUUCGAAUCCCAGGCGGAAAUCAAAAAAGAGGUAAUCGAAACAGGGAAAUUGGAUAGAGGAAGAUUUCUUCAACAGGGAAUGUUACAAAGGGAGGAAAAAGAGCACUUUAAACCAAACAGACUUAGUAUCCCAACGUUUGAGUCGGGUGUGGAAAUCAAGAAAGAGGGUAUUGAAACAAAGAAACUGGACACAAGUAGAUUUCUUUAUCAAGAAGAAGUGGAAGCCACCAAGAAGGAAAGUGUUAAACCAAAUAGAGUUUCCAUUCCCAAUUUCGAUUCUCAGAUUGAAAUCAAGAAAGAGGGUAUUGAAACAAAGAAACUGGACACAAGUAGAUUCUUCUAUGAAGAAGAACGUCCACAAGCCGUGAACAGAGAGCCCGUCAAACCAAAUAGAGUUUCCAUUCCCAAUUUCGAGUCCCAGACUGAAAUCAAGAAAGGGGAUUUUGAAACAAAGAAACUGGACUCAAGUAGAUUCCUUUAUCAGGACGAAACACAAGCCAUGAACAGAGAAGUCGUGAAACCAAAUAGGGUUUCCAUUCCAAAUUUUGAGCGGCAGGCGGAAAUCAAGAAAGGGGAUUUUGAAACAAAGAAACUGGACACAAGUAGAUUCCUUUAUCGAGAAGAACGUCCACAAGCCGUGAACAGAGAAGUCGUCAAACCGAACAGAGUUUCCAUUCCGAAUUUUGCGUCCCAGGAUGGAAUCAAGAAAGGGGGUAUUGAAACAAAGAAACUGGACACAAGUAGAUUCCUUUAUCAGGAAGAACGUCCACAAGCCAUGAACAAAGAUUCACAAGUACGUAGUUCGCUGGUUGGUAAUGAGAGAAGAGACGCUGAAGAGAGAAGAUCUGCUGGACUAAUGUUCCAUCAACCAAGAUCAACACAGCAUCAGUCUUACAGAGGAGAUAGAGUUGCAACUGCAAACGUCUAUAAUUGUGUCAAAGGCGAUCCUGAGGCAACAGAUAUUUCUGUACAUGGAGGAUCUUAUAAUAAUGACAACAGACAAGAUAAUCAUCAUUCAACAAAUCAAGACAAUCAAACAAACCCUGCCACACAGAAGCUAAAUCCUGCUUACAUAAUAGAAUCCAAGGUAACACAAUCCAAAGCAGAGCCAGUCAAUUUUUCCACACCUACACAUGAACCAACCAGCAGCAUUUACCAAGGAAAGAAAGUUAUUAGAGUUGGGAAGCAAUCCCUUGUUCAGAUGGACAAAGAAGGGAAUGCUUUUGUUGACCCAAACAAUUAUCGUGCAGGAGAAAGUACAAGAGAUGGUCAAUUCUUAUCAAGGCAACAAAGGGACAACCAAAGAUCUGGUCAAUGGACAAGUGAACAAAUACCCAGCCAAGUUGAUGGAGCAAAAGAGCAAAAGGGAAAUCAAAGUGGGUAUGGAUGGAAUGUUCUAAACUCUGGACAGCAAAGGUAUAGCACAAAUACAGGUUCAGAGAAUCAAGGUGUGGUUCAAGAUUUUAGUGAGCACAAAGUCAAUUCUUAUCAGGAAACAAAUAAAAGGGAAGGUCAAACCUUCGCUGGGGAUUCUUCUGGCUCUAAUAAAACUGGAAAACUACAAAUGGGUCAAAUAGAAGUCCAACAAAAUAAAGUUCCUGGAGGUCCUAUGUAUGGCUCAUAUUCACAACAGCAACCAGGAGGCCAACAAGUUGAGGAUCAGAAUAAUGACAUGCAAGCACAACAACAGAGUGCCAAAGGAAGAUUCACGAGUCAACAAUAUCAGACUGGUGGUGCCCCAGCAGGAGGGGCUAACUUCCCAGCUCUUGUACAAAAGAAUGGCAAAUGGCUAGUAAAGAAAGUAAGUGUUGAUGAUAGCAAGUUGACUUAUGGUAGUACCCAGACCACUCAAGAAGUUCAGCCACUUGAUACGAAGGUCACUAUGGGUGCCAAAGAUCAAAACGCUCCACAGAGAAGAGAACUGAUGAAAGAAUUCAAGCAAAAAAGAAGUUUUAAACAUGUUAAAAAUCCAUUUGGUGUGAGAAAGACUACCUACGCCCAUUAAUGAACCCAUAAUAAUAACAAGCUAAGGAGAAGUACUUUUAGAAGAAGCUGCAGCCUAAAGACUCCAAUGGUCAAGCUGCCUUUACCUAACCAAAGAUAUCAUAGUGAACAUAAGCAGGCAAGACAUUAGCUGAUUUGAAGUAUGUGUCAGUUUAGCAUAGCAUUUCUGGACCCCCCUUCUUGCAAAAAUUCAUCGCUGAAACUAAACAAUUUGAGAACUCUCUCCUUUCCUCCUCAGUGUUUAUAUAGAUGAUUUUUAGUUUUGGAUUGGGGACGGGAAAGGGAGUAAAAACAUAUUUAAAUUAGAAUCUAAUCGUUAUUAUUUUUUAUGAACUGAGUACCACUAACCAGGAAGAAUUACUGGCUUUCACUCCACUUCAUUUCCUGUCUCGUGCGCAAUGUUCAUCAGCUGAAUCGCCAGUAUUCAGUAGGAUUCUUUCUGGUUGACAGCACAAGGUGGUCAGUGUUUGACCACCAUCUGGAGCAGAUAAUGAGAUUCAAAAACUUUUAUCAGCUGAGUGAAAGCCAGCAAUAAGUCGCUUGGCUUGAAAUCUUCGAAAUAAUACUAUAUUAAAACCAAAAAUUACCAAAAUAGCUAUAAUUUUUCACAUACAAAAAUUCUCAAACGUAUCAUUGCACUAAGUAAGGUAUUUUCUAAUUACAUGUAUCCAAUUCACUAUUAACAGAGGCAAACCACACAUUUUAUACUAAUUUGCACAUAUAUAGCUCAUUAUUUCUUCAAGGGUUAUAAUACAUGUAAUGUUACGAGUUUUGUAAACAUUUGUGAAUAUAGUUGGCCGCAUCAUUAAAUUGCGUUUUGAUAGA